UGGACUUUUCACCUCCGUCCCUUCUUCUUCUUCUUCUUCUUCUUCUUCUUCUUCUUCUUCUCUGUCUUUGUCUUUGGCGUAGCGACGUGUCGGAUUCAACCGCGCCAGAAAAGCCAAACUCCGGCCCCGACACAUCGAAACACACAGAAGAUUUAUUCAAUCUCAAUCUCCAAACUCCAAAUCCAAUCGAUUUUCUCCUCCGACGACAUUGCAUUCCAACAGAUGGAUUCUGUAAAACCAUUGGCUACAUCGUCCAAAAAGAGCAAACUAGCUCGAACUUUUGCGAAAGUUCUUCACAUUCGAAUGCUUACCGGAGUCUCCUCGGUCGAUGGAAUUCGGAAAGCUAACCGGACCGUGGUGGUUAAGACCGCGGAUAGCCAAUCCACGGACUCGUUUGAUUGUAGUGAUGAAGAUCAGCAAGAAAGAGCUGCAAUGGAGGCUCUCCUUGCAAAACUGUUUGCCAACAUUACAGCUCUUAAGGCUGCUUAUGCCCAAUUGCAAUAUGCCCAAUCUCCAUUUGAUGUCGACGGGAUUCAGGCUGCCGAUCGAACGAUCGUGUCGGAGUUGAAGAGCUUGUCGGAGCUGAAACGAUGUUUUGUCAAGAAACAGUUGGAUGAUCCUCUACCCGAAACUGCGAUGCUGUUGGCAGAACUUACAGAGCAAAAGAGUGUUGUGAAAAUGUAUGAAAUUUCAGUUAAGAAGCUGAACUCUCAGGUGAGACUUAAGGACUCUGAGAUCAUAUUUCUCAAGGAGAAGUUGGAGGAAAGCAAGAGUAAUAAUAAGCUUCUAGAGAAGAGAAUGAAUCAAAGCGGACCGCUGUCUGUGCUCGAAAACCUUGAGCUUUCUACUGUAAACUCGAAUCACUUUGUACGAGUUCUUCGGCAUACAGUUAAAACCGUUAGAAGUUUCGUCCAGCUGAUGAUUGAUGAGAUGAAGUCUGCUGGUUGGGAUAUCAGAGAAGCUGCAUCUGCAAUCGAACCAGACGUAGUUUUCUUAAAAGAAGAUCACAAAUGUUUCGCUUUCGAGGCAUUUGUAUGCCGAGUAAUGUUCGAGAACUUCCAUUUCCCCAACUUCGCUCUUUCGAGCGAGUCUCAGUCUCUCCCCAACAAGAAGCAACAGCAACAACAGCAACAGCAGCAGAAGAAGGUGUACUUGAGGAGGUUCACCGAAGCGAAAUCAUUAAAAUCGAAAGAACUCCUCCUGUUCUUGGGGCAGAAACCGAACUCGACGUUCGCCAAGUUCUGCCGUGCGAAGUAUCUGCAGCUGAUCCACCCGAAAAUGGAGUCGUCGUUGUUCGGGAACCUGAGGCAAAGAAGCGCAGUGAGUUCAGGUAAAAUCCCAGACACUGCAUUCUUUGGUACAUUUGGAGAAAUGGCUAGAUGGGUGUGGCUCCUCCAUUGCUUAGCCUUCUUGUUCGACCCCGAGGCGUUGAUCUUUCAAGUAAACAAGGGAUGUCGAUUCGCCGAGGUCUACAUGAAAACCGUAACCGAAGAAGUGUUCUUCCUUUCGACACAACCCGACCUUCGAGUCGCAUUCACCGUCGUACCCGGUUUCAACAUUGGUAAAACUGUAAUACAAUCACAGGUUUAUCUCUCUCAAUCACAACAUUCACAUCACCAAAUAAAGCAGCCUGUCCACACAAAACACAGGUAACAACUAACAAAUCCCUCACUAAUACAAAUUACAAAAAAAGAAAGAAUUCAGUUUGAAGAAUUUCAAAUCAAAGUGGUAGAAAUCUGUUUGUGUGUUGGUUAGUUGGGAAUAGAGAUUCAAAUUGGGAUGCAUUGUUCUGUUCUGAGUUUUGCUUUGUUUGGGAACAAGACAACCUUAAAUGUUUUUGUUUUUUUGCUUUGUCAAAGAACAGGAACUGGACAGCUACAACUUUUUGUUUUUUACUUUUUUUCCUUCCUUCCCUCAGUUUUGUUAAAAUAUUAGGGAUAUUCAGAGGGAUUGUCCAGCUGUAUUUGCAUCUUUACCAGACAAUGCUUUUUCUUGGAACUUUGUAUAUAUUUAUAUAAUAUAAUGCAUAUUGGAAUUUGUACAUA